AUGAUGGAGGUUGACCAGAGGCUUACGGAAACAGGUGGCAACGGGAUGAGGCUGGGGGGGGGAGGGGUGCUGGUGAUAGGACGAAAAGAAACUGGAGCGCACCGUGGUGGACACUAUCAGCACACUGUUUACAGCGGGACACACGCACAGGUGCACGGGCUUUCUCCUGCUCCACGGAUCUGCUCCACACGGACUCUCAGAUGCGAUAGAAAAGUUGAAGUUUGGGUAGAGGAGGAUCUGGCGACAGUCUGGGCAGCCAUGCCGUGCCUGCGCACGCACCUCUCCUCCAGUGGCGCGCUGGGGGACUCCAGGUGUCCAGACUUUCUCACUCCGGAGUUUGUUAAGUUCAGUAUGGACCUGACCAACAGUGAGCUGCUGUCUGCGGCCCCAGCGCUCAGCGGCUCCCCGGGGCCCGCGUCACCGCUGCGCUGUAUGUUCCACAUGCACAUCCCGGCCGAGGAGCCGUGCGUAAAGGCCGAGGAGACAGACAUGUCCCCAGCGGAGGAGCUGCUGUCCUCCUGUUGUCCCCCGUGUCCACGCGCAGUGCUUAGCACCUCCGAGAGCGUCCCGUGGGAGGACACGGGCUGCCAGUGCCUUCAGUCAGACCUCAACAGGACGCACAGUCUCCCCAGACUCUCGCUGUGGUCCGUCCAACAGCACAGCGGCCAGAGACCGGCUCCGUGCCACCCUCCCCCGGAGCCAAAGCUGCGCGUGACAGUGGGCUUUCCUCACGCGCUUCGUGGAGACGCCCUGUGCGCGGUGUGCGGAGACAGCGCGGCGUGCCAGCACUACGGCGUGCGCACGUGCGAGGGCUGCAAGGGCUUCUUCAAGCGCACGGUGCAGAAGAAUGCCAAGUACGUGUGUCUGGCGUCCCGGAGCUGCCCCGUGGACAAACGCCGGCGCAACCGCUGCCAGUACUGCCGCUUCCAGAAGUGCCUGGACGUGGGCAUGGUCAAGGACGUGGUCCGGAGAGACGGGCUGAAGGGCCGGAGGGGACGUCUUCCCUCCAAACACGUUCCGGUCCAGGCCUCCAGCUCCCUGCUCCGCUCCCUGAUCCAAGCCCACCAGGAGACCAGCGCCCAGGCCAGCAGCUCCAACGCUCCACAGUGUGACGAGAGUGUCCCAGAGGCAGCGGAUGACUCGGCUCACGUGCGGCUCUUCUACGGCCUCCUGACCCGCUCCAUGGACGUCCUGCACAGAUGGGCCCUGAAGAUCCCAGGCUUUUCCUCUUUUCCCAAACAGGACCAAGACCUCCUGUUUUACUCCGCCUUCCUGGAGCUGUUUGUGCUGCACUUGGCCUACAGGUCGAGUCCAGAGGAGGGCCGGCUCUUCUUCUGCGACGGCUCCGUGCUGUCGGUGUCUCAGUGUGAGCGAGGCUUCGGUCUGUGGAUCCACGCUCUGCUGGAGUUUUCCUUCAGCCUGCGCGCCAUGGAGCUGGACACGCCCACCUUCUGCUGCCUCUGCGCCCUCGCCCUGCUCACCGAGAGAGGAGGCCUCAAGGAACCCCAGAAGCUGCAGCGUCUCCAGAGCCGCGUGCUCCAGUGUUUGAGGAGCACCGACCCUCGACUGGAUGGAGGUCUGAGGAACGCUGACCUUCAGCUGGAUGGGAGGUUUGAGGAGCGUCUGAGCCUGCUCCUGGACGGGUUGCCCCAGCUCAGAGCUCUGUGCCUCCAGGGUCUACAGAGGAUCUUCUACCUCAAGUUGGAGGACCUGGUGUCUCCACCUGCUGUUAUAGACAAACUGUUCCUGGACACACUUCCCUUUUAG